GUGACAGUUGUUGUCGUGCGCUUAGUCUUCGUUGGGCGGUCUGUGUGUUAGCAACGUGUUGCUCCUCUCGUUUUUCACCGUUUGACGAUAUUCCAGUAGUGCUCACCCAGCAAUUGUGCGAACGCAUUUCUGUCAAACUCGCAAACACAAUAAAGGAAAAACCAAUAAAUAUUAACUUAAAGGCAAAACUUUGCGUUUACUAAACAAAUGCCGUGCCGGAAGUGAAAAUUAACUUGUAAUUUGUAUGUGCAUAAAUUAAAUUAGAAUGUGUAAAAGUAAAUAACGCAACGAUAAAAAUACAAGCAAAGUGACAAAAGCGCAGUGAUGCUGAUACAAGAGCUGCCGGUAUAUUGAUACGCGACAACAAAAUACAAACAAGCACUUGAACAUACAUACAUACGAAGGCAAACUCAUAUAAAACUCAAUUUGUAUUUGUAAUGUGCUUGUAAUGCCGAUUGACAGCUGUGUUACUGUAAAUUACAUUAACUGUUUACAAAGAGGAAAUAUAAAUAACUAAAUAAAAGUGAAAUUACAAGCGCUGCAAGCAACAAAAACAAACAAGUGUUAAAUGUAAAUGAAAUAGCACAAAAAUAAAAAAAGAAUAUAAAAAACAAAGUAUUUAUUGCCUACACGCUCACAAAGCUGGAAAGCAGGCGCCUACAACCACAGCAAAAGCAACAGGUACGGCUUAACAGCUAGAGCUUAAACGAUUUUUCGCAUUCGACGAACUUAUUUAUAUAAAAGAAGCAAAUAAGGAAGGAGCAGAAAAGAAGUAGAGCCGAUCAAUCAUUUAAACAACCAACCCACCUAAAAACCCACUUAAGAUUAACUUAAGCUAAUACCUAUACCAAACAAACGCGCUCCACUCUUUCGUCGGAAACUAAACAAUACAUACAUUCGACGAACACCCCACAAAGCAACCAACAACAAAAUGUGGCCGUCUAACUGUCAACGGCGCAUACUGCUCGCCAUCACGCUCGUCUACGUUGCCUGUCUCAUUGCACCCGCAGCGGCGCGUUCGCGUGACAAAGAAGGACGCCGACGUAGCGAUCGCCUCUCCGCCGCCUCUUCCACCUCCGCCUCAUCCACCUACUAUGCCAGCAGCGGCAGCGUGAACAGCAACUAUGCGAGCAUGCCGUCCUCGGCCACCAGCUCAUACACGGGUCCCAUGGACACGACCGGUUUUUGUGUGCGUCGUCGCGAUAUGAAACUCAUGUGCUAUUGCACACCCGAUGAGAAUCAUGUGCCCGUGCUGAAGGCGGAGUGUUGGGUCUUCUCCGAUAUCUUGCCACAGAAUGAUACAACUUGGACGCGUUUCUUUCAACAGAAACGUUUGCGUGAAUUGAAAUUUGUCAUACAGAAUCAUGGACGCCUGGAUUAUAUACCAACGAUGGUGUUUGAAUCACUGAAGAAUUUGACCAGCAUUAAUAUUGAGUACUCACAAGUGGAUGUGGUGAAGAGUAAUGCUUUUGCCAAUCUACCAUAUUUGGAACGCAUCAUCUUGACUAAUAAUCAUAUAGCGGCUUUGGCUCAGGACGCUUUCGCUAAUCAUAUACGCUUGCGUGAGUUGAAUUUGGAGCAUAAUCAGAUAUUUGAGAUCGAUCGUCAUGCUUUCCACAACCUACCACAAUGCGAACGACUUCUAUUGAACAACAACAAUAUCUCGAACUUGCAUGACAGUCUCUUUGUGGAGAUGCCUCACUUGGUGUAUUUGAAUUUGGCGCAUAAUCAGAUAUCGGUGCUGACCAGCGACAUCUUCAAAGGUCUGGGCAAUUUGAAUGAGCUUAAGCUGUCGCAUAAUAAUAUCAAUUUCAUUGGCGAUACGGUGUUUGCUGAGUUGUGGAUCUUGUCGGAAUUGGAAUUGGAUGACAACAAAAUUGAGCGCAUAUCGGAACGUGCUCUCGACGGCUUGAAUACGCUAAAAACGCUGAAUCUACGCAAUAACAAGCUAAAGAAACUCGAUAAUGGUCUACUGCGUGGCACACCCGCACUACUCAACAUCAAUGUGCAGAGCAACGAGUUGGAAACUUUGACAUUUUAUACAUUCCAACCAAUUAUGGAUAAUUUGGUCAACAGUACAAGUGAACUGCUGCUGUCAGAUAAUAACUUCAUUUGCGACUGUCGUCUACAGUGGCUGUUUGAGCUGAAGAAUCGUACGCGCUACACGGCAUUGCGUGAGGCGCUCGAGAGUUUCGUCUGCACCUUGCAUGAUCCGAAAAUUUCCAACUUCAUCGAACCCGUACCCAAUCACAUUUUAGAUCUACUCAACAUCGGCAGCAGCUACAAUGGCGGCGCCAAUAGCGCCGAACUACAUCUCGGCGGCGGCAACAAUGGCGGACGCAAACGAUUCUCCAAGUCACGUCAAAAUGGCGGCACACAGCGUGGUGUCGGCGGUGGCGGUAAUGGACAGCGUCUGGGACAAAUGCAAUUAAACGCCGAUGAUGAGGUCGAUGUGAUCGAUGCCGCCGCCGUUGCCUUGACACCCGAACACAGCGAACAUGUGCUGUCGCUAAGCAAGCGCUCGCUAGCCGAAAGCAAUGUACUGACAGUGGUCGCUAGCAGUCAGCCGGAAGUGUAUAAGGACGCGCAUUUAACUGCCUCCGGCAUACCAGACGUCGUCGCCACCGCCAAUAUAAUUGGUGAGAAGAAGAAGAAAUCAGUUUUGCCCGCCAAACUCAGAGAUGAUUACUACGAUGAGGGAGUCACUGGCGUUGCAGCGCCGCAUGGUCUCCUGCUGGCACAACAAGUUGAGUUGGGCGAUGGCUUGGAUGCGCUCAAACACAAUGCUUUGUACAAUCAACAAACCAACGAUGUGAUUGGCAUGACCAAUACAAUCAACGAACAUGACGCCAACAAGCCACAACCGCUGGGCAUCAAAGUAUGUCUGUUCUUAUUGAAACCUGAACGUCUGCCGUGCCACGAUGAGCUCAGCGAUCCCACAGAGUUGCCAUUGUCGCGCGAUCUCAUGGAUGUGCGUAGCAAUCAGGCGCAGAGCAACAUGUCGUCGGGCGGCAGCGCUCUGUCAACGACGACUUGGGUGGGCGUGGCGGCGAUAAUGUUACGCUGCAGCAGCAGACGGCGCAUUGGUUAAACAAACUGUCAGUUAGGGCGCGCGGGUGUAAUGGGUAACCGUUAAACACUUAAAGGUGCGCAUUUAAGCAAACUGCGUAUAUACUUGUGUGUAGACAAUUGCCAAUAUGUGAGAUAAGCAGUUGUAGUUUAUAAUAAUAAUUUAUGAAAAAAUAAUAAUAAUUUGAGAUUUUUUCUUUUACUAUUUUGUGGUGUAUUGACACAAUUGAAGUUUUAUGCAACGAUUUUUAGGUGUUUUUGUAUUUACAAAUACUUUGUAAAGCACACAUACUGACAAACACACGCUAGCGUAUUUUUGUGAAACGAUCUCUUGCGUCAGCCAAUGCAACUGCAAGCCUAAACACAGAACUUUUAGCAAACACUGUACAUAUUAACAAACUAUGAACACACUGAAGCGAAAAACCUUAUAAAUGAAAAAAAAAAAAAUAAAUAUAAAAAACAUUGGCAUGCCUAUUUGAGUAGCUACUGUCGGCCGGUGUAAGUAAACUGGCAUAAAAAUAGGCACACAUAAUUUGUAGUUAGCUUAUGAUUGUAUAUAACAAUUAAAAAAAAUUAAAUUAAAUUAAAAUGAAAAGCAAAAAAAAAGAAUAAAAAUAGUAAUUAAUGCAUAAACAAAACCAAAAUUUGUAAUAUUAAUUACUUAUAAUUAAGCAUUUAAAAAUAUAAACGCUUAAUAAGUUUAAACAAAAAAAUUUAAGCAAAUUUGAAGACGAGCUUCAAUUAACUGUAUGCUUAUUUUUCGGUAUACAAUUCUUUCAAAAAAAAAAAUAUAUAAAAAUAAAAAAAAUUAAAAAUUUAUUAAAUUAUAACUAAGUAUAGUGUGUAGUUUUAAGAGCAAAUGGUAAAGCACUUAGCUUUAAACAACUCAAAAUAAAUUAUUUUUGCCUGUCAGGCCGCGAAAGGGUUAAAACAUUAACACUUUAGCGCCUAAUGAGAGAAUGAAAAAACUUAAAUUAGAUUAGAUAUAUUGCUAUACUAAUGGUAAGUGUAUUUAUACAAAACUACUUAAUUAAGUGUAAAAAUAUUUGAGGCAUUAAAAUUUAUUGUGCUAAAAGGAAAAUAAAUUUUAAUUUACAGCUAAAAAUUAAAAAAAAAAAUCGCAAAUAAAUGAAAUUAUUUAACAACAUAUUUUAGUAAUUUCAACAAUCUUUCGUUUUUGGUGGAUAUCUUCAUAUCGGCUCUUAAACAAUUUAUUUCACUUUUGAUAUUUUUAAUGUCACAUUUAAUUAUAUUUUUUGUCUUGUUUGUGAAAUAUUUAAUUGUAUUAUUUAUAACAAAUGCGAUUGUUCCAAAUUCAGCCUAAUUUUACAAAUUAGAUGUAAGGAUAUUGAAUAGCUGUAGAACAACGACAUGUGCUUGCUUAUUUUCUUUAAUAAAAAAAUACAAAAAUUUCAAAUAAUAAGACUAUUUAUUCCAAAUUUAUCCAGUUCUUUGAACUUUUGUUGCUUUAGCCUAAUCACAAACCCAUUCGGAUACGUUUAGACGUUACGUUUAGUAAAAAAUAUUUACUUAUUUUUUCUUUAAAAAUAAUUGCAUUAAAUUAUUUGAAAUAUGUUUAAUAUAUUCAUCUUAAGGCUAUACCAGUGUAACCUAUGAAAAAUUAGGCGAUUUUCGUGAAUUUUUUUUUAAAGAAAGUACUCGAUCGAUUGUUUCGAAGUUUCUUGCACAUAAGAAGGUAUAUUUUUGGCUACAUUGCAAACUUUUUUCUUUACAAAAAUACUAAGAAAUAACGGAGUUAUGUGCUGUCUUCGAAGGUACCAAGAAAAAAGUUCCCUAACUGCUAAGAUGAUUCCGGCCGAAUGAGUUGCAGAAACAAAAAGUUUCAAAAAGGUUAUUAAAGUUAAAUAUAUUUCCUAUACAAUGAUCUACGAUUUUUGAAAAAUAGCAAAAAUUGACAAAAUGGAAAAAAUUGGUAUUUUUUAGUAAUAAAAUGGUCUUUUUUAAAAUGCCAAUUGACAACAUUCAACCAAUCAAAAAGAUCGUAGGUCAUUGUAUAGUAAAUAUAUUCAAGAAUACUCAGUAUAAAUCUGAAGUCGAUCGGUCAAUGUAUCGUUGAGUUAUGAUGUCAGCAAUUUUGAGAAAUUUCGACUAUAGCUGCUUAUACCUGCGAGCGGUCACUGUUUAGAACGCUGCCAUACAAAAAAUAUUCAAGAUACAAUCGUACCGCCUUCACAGGAUAUUUUUAAAAGUAUAAACAAUCGAAUAAGCAAAAAAUAAAAAAACCCUUUUUGAAAAUGUCACAUUGGUAUAGCCCCUUAAUAGUAUUAUUUUUUAACUACGACUUUAUUAUGACUUUUUAACUUUGCGCCAAAAUGUAGGCAACACUUUGGCUUAGUAGAUUAGCUGAGAGUUUAACGUGGUAUGCUAUGCCGCUGCCAGCAAUCUCAUCGGAUACUUUUUCGCAUAUUUUUUUAUUAUUAAUAAACAAUCGGUAAUAAAUAUAAAUACAAAGUUAAUUACUCUUUCAGUUCAGAAUGAUUUCCAAAGAUAACAAUUCACAGGUCAAAGCUCAUUUAUGUACUCAAAAAAAAUUUUAGAAUUCAUACAUUUAUGAUUUUUAUUUCGCACAAACAAUAAUUCUAAAAAGUGCUUUUAAUUUCAUUACACUUUUUAAUGCGCAUUAUGAAAUCCCAUUGUAAAUAAACCUUAAGUACUACUUUCUAAAAAACACACACAUGAUUUUCACAAUAAAAUAUAGGCAUUUUAUUUAAAACACUUUAUAUAUUUACUUAUGUAAAUAUGCAUUUUAUUCAGCUCGGUCGAGCGAAUUGAAUUUCACCGCCAGAAUUGAAGAAACUUAAACGAGCGCGCAUUUGAGUUCAAAGUGCGAAAAAAUCAUUUAAUUGAAAUAUUUAUAUAAACACAAUAAUUAUUAAAAUUUUUAAAAAUACAUUUGCAGGCAUGUCACACAAACAAAUAGACACACACACACAAGCACACGCAUACUGUGCUACGAAUGUGUAAAUUUACAAAGCAAAAACCUCCGAUGUACUGGUGUUUCAUUUUCAACUACAAAAGAAAACAAAAAUUAUAACAAAGUGAAUGGCCAUAUUAAAAUUAAAUAAAUAAUAAAUGAUCGCAAAAAACGGCUGAUGUCAUAAAAAAGCGAAACUAAAAAUAAAAAUACAAAAUCGUAUUUUAAGCACUAAAAUGGUAAAUAGCUAAAUAGAAAUGUGUAUAAAUGUUUUUAUAUUGCCGCUGCCAAAGCAUGGGGCAAACUCUAGAAGCGUCGUAGUGGUUGUAGAAUUUACAAUAACAUAAAAGUAUAUCAAAUAUAUUGAAUUUGGUUAAAAAAAUUGCAAUUUUUUUUUACUUUUGUUCAUUUGAAUUUAUUGUUAGUUUUAACUAUUUUCAGCUUUUAUAAAUUGCACUGAAUUAUUUUUUUUAAUAUCAGUUAAUAAUUGUUUUUUUUUUUUUAAUUCUUAAUUCCAAAUGUUAGUGAUUUAUAUUCUCAUUUAAUAUUUUUGUUAUAAUUAAAGAACAAAUUUCCAGUUAUUUUUUUAUUUAUAUAUAUUUUAAAUUUGGUUUAAUUUCUAUUAUAACAGGUCUCCCUCCAGUGUUGUCAUAUUUUGUGCCAUUAGAUAAGCUCUUAUUCCAGAAAAAUGCAUUAGAAGGGUUGUACUUGCAAUAAGAACAAAAGAUCCUUUAAGGGGACCCCCCAUUCUCGAUUUCAAAUUUUGAAGAUUUUCAAUGGGCUGGUAAAUGAACAUAAAUUAUUUUUUAGGGUUGUAACUUUGCAUACAUUUAUUUGAAGACUCUUAAAAAAGAAGAACAAAUUUUACAUAUUUUUUUUUUCUGUUGUUUUUUGGUGAUCAAACAAAGGCCCUUCUUUUCGGCGGCGCAUGUGAUUUCCGCUCACUGGAACAACUCAAACGAAAAAUUCCAACGUUCCAAAGUUAGAAAGAGUACAUGUUUGACUCUGCUAUGAACUAGGAUUAUUAAUUUCGCACAAAAAUUAACAAAAUAGCGGAUCUUUGGAUUAAUAGGUUUUGAGUAACCUCAUGCGCCAGUCGUAAAAAUACUGUUUCGAGAAAACGCGUUUAAAGUUUUGAGGCGCUCUCGCCGUUCGCUUGACGCUUCCACCAUAAACCGGCUAUAUCUUCAAGAGUUUUGGAAACUUUCACUUGAAAUUUUAGAGGAACAAUCUUGAAUAGUUAUAGGUUCGAAUUAAAUCAAAAAAAGAAAUCGAUUUUUUGAAACCGAGAAUGGUGGUCCCCUUAAAAUAAGAGUUGAGUCGUCGAGCAAAAAUUACAACAAAGUAGUCGCUGUAGAAAAAGAAGUUGUAAAAUUUCGUUUGGUUACUUUUAUACAUACAUAUAUAUACAUAUAUUAUUUUAAGAAACUUAUUUGAAAAUUUUUAACUAAAGUCCUGCUUUUUUGAAAGAUUCCAUUGUUAUUUUUAAGCGAUUUAUUUCUCAUUACUUCUUAAAAAUAAUCUAUAAGUUAGAUGUGGGCUUUCAUUGAGAUUUUUAUACCAAGUUUUCCGGGUUUGUAUAAUGACUAAUGACCAUAUAUUUCUCUUACAAGAUGUCAGAGUUAAUUUUAAAAUUAAAUUAAAAAUAUUUUUACAUUCUUUUAAAUUUCAGUUCAGUUAGAUUAUUUAGUAUCUUCUGCUGUUUUAUUAUUUAAUUGAGAUCUACUAUAUGGGAAAAUACUUUCACAAACAUUCCUCGUUUAACCAAAACCUCUAUGCCUUGACUUUAACAACUACCAUAGAUGCUUAAGAUACGGCUACACAAAUGACGCGCUUGUAAUAUAAAAAUAAAUAAAAAAAAUAUAUUUAAUGCAAAAUAACGGUAAUUGUAAGUAUAUAUACAUAAAUUGCCAUGAAUAUUGUAAACUCUAUAACGCAGUUAGAGACUCGUAGGGUUAGUGGUAGUUCACUAGGGAAACCGAAGCAGGCAAAUAUAAAAAAAAAAAAUUUUAAAUUUUAAGCAUACGACGCGUAUAAAAUUAGAGAGCGAAAAUGAAGCUUAAAAAUGAAUGAAAGUGUAAAAAAAUUGCUGCUUGAAUUUUUUAUAUUAAAAAUUUUUAUUUCAGAAAUAAUAGAUUUUUUUUUUAAUUUUUGUUUACAAAUUAAAAUAAUUCCUUAAUGCAAAUUAGUACACAAGCUACUAUCUCUUCAUACUUGUCUAACUUUUUGUUGCUCUAAAUAAUUUAUGCAAUUUCAUAUUAAAUUACAGUUCAUCAAAAUAUUUUCAUUUCAAUUAAAUGAUUUGUUAAGCAAAUUGCAAAACCUUUUUUGUAGCCUAAGACUGAUAAUGCGAUAAUGUAUAAAAGAGAGAAAUAAAAAAUAAAAAAUAACAAAAACAAAAAUCUUCAAUAAUAUUAGGUCUAUUAAAUAGUAAUGAUUAGUAAUGGGGAAAGCUAAAGCCAUUAAAGCAGAAAAUAUAUGGAUUUGCAUAUUUAAAUAUAGUCACAUGAAUGUGUGCACAAAAAAUGCAACAAAUUUAUCUGUGUGUAAGUGUAAAAAAAACGACUAUCAAGGGUCAAUAUGAAAAUGCCACAUUAUGAAAUCAAAAUAAUAGAAAAGCAGAAAUCGAUAUUUGUAAAAAAACAGUGAGGUCAGUGAGUUCAUUGCGAAGCAACAAGCAGCAGCUACAAAUACAUAUAAGUACAUACGUCUACAUAAAUGUCUGUAAAUGUAUAUAAGAGCACUCAAUUAUAGUUACCGAAAAUGCAUUUUAAAGAAAGCUACAUUGGAGAAUAAUUAAUUUCGGUGCAGAAAAAAAUUAUAAUUCAUACUUAUUGUAAGGCACUCUACAUAAUAUAUUUUUGUGAAGUGGAAUUAACGAUUAAUUUUCAUGCAAUCUCUUUUAUACUUUUAAAGAGAAUUAAAUUUAAAAAAAUUUUUAAUAUUUUUUUUUAAAUAAUUUUUUUUUUUACUUUUGCAAAUUUAUUUGAUAUUUAAGCAGGCUGAAAGGUUAAUAUACUAUUCCAAAGCACAACAACAACUAACAAACUAAAACAAAAAAUUAUUCAAAAUAUAAAUUUUUACUGUACUACGAGGAAAUAAUACUGCUUUUAGUUGACAAUCAAGGCGUUGCAGCUACAGGAGACAUGUUGAACGAAGGCAUUGUGCUGAGCUCUUACACCUAUUCACCUAAAUAUUCAGAUUACAGAAGAGUACUAACUAUAUAACACAUUAUCGAUCAGUAAAUAGCAAAUAACGCAUAAUUUAUUCCUAUAUUCUCAUAAAUAACUUGAAAAUUUCACUAUAAAAGUACAAACUAUGCUGGUUUCUUGCAUUUUCCGGAAAAGUUAAAUAUUAAAUAUAAUGAAUCAUAAAACGGACUUCAUGUUCGUGCUCAGACGGUCAAAAUACAUAGGUGUAUUUCAUUUCAGGAAACUCUGAAACCCCUAUAGAAGACAUAAAUUAUUUUUUGUCUAUUUUAAAUAGAUUUUGUUGAUAAAUGAUUACCAUUAAAAAACAAUUAAUUACAUUUCCAGAGCCGAGCGUAGAAAAAACAAAUCAAACGAACUUCCUUCAGAACGCUUCUAUAAACAUUACUGUCUAUCAUAUAAUAAUGCUAUUUAGAGUUUUUUUUUAAAUCACUCAAAGCGAUAUCUGAAUUUUCAAAGGAUUUCGCCCGACUUUCACAAUAUGAAGAAAUAAUUCGAUACAUUUUUUUUGAAUAUGGAAUAAAAAUGUCUUAGCUAAUCAUGCACUUAAUGUAGUCUUUUGUGUUCCAUAUUAGUUAGGAUGGGGUAUAUUUCAGGGUGACAAGUACUUUCCAAAAGGUCUAGCAAUUGUUAUAUUAUCUAUUCUACCCCGAGUGACAUAGGCUUUAUUAUUACUAGAAUCUCACCUUUCUGGAAAUAGUUCCCAGGUGAGGGUAUCAAAAAAACUCUGUGAUGGAGAAUCUUAAUCUGAAACUGAAAAUCACAAUCGCGUGGUAGAGAGUCGAGCACAGAGCGUUUGCAGCGGUUUGAAGAACAAAAUAUUAGAAAUAUACAAGCUCGCACUAGGCCGUCGAACUCUGAGCGUUUCCAGCGCCUUCAUACUCAAGAAAUGUGAAAAUACAGAUAUAUGUAUGGGAGAGAAUGUAUAAGUGUGUAAAAACUAUAACAUUUGAAAUGUUUUUGUUUAAACCCGUGCGAAGCCGGAGUGGACUGGUAGUAUGAUAAUCAAGUUCCGAAAUUAUUCGGUAAACCUUACACCGUUUUAAAAGUUCGUCUAACAGAAAAAUAACUUCAAUGGAAUCCCAUAAUUCACAGUUCAUUUGUUAGUUUCAAAUAGUUCAAAAUGGUAUUCCUGCUUAAUGCAUAUUUAACGCAAUUGAGCUGAAUACUGUGUACUGUGGUGCAUAUGUAGUUUCAAAAUAAAAUGCAAAUUUAUGCACUUUUCUUUGCAAUUCCACAAAUGCAUUUAUAGAGCCACACAUGUAAUGUCCGCAAACCCAUUAGCUUUGUGUUACAAAAACAAAAAAAAAAUAUAAUUAAAUUUUGGCUUACGAAAAUAACUUGCCAGAAAUUGAAUUCACAGCCAAUUUGUAAACCAAUAAUUGAUUGAUGGCAGCAAUAAAAUUGUAAUUUGCGUUAAAUAAAUAAAAUGAACAGCUAGCUCAGAGCAUAGCCACAUAAAUACACAUAAUAUACAAAAAAACAAAUAUAUUCAAACUUACAAAUAUAUACGAGGUGGAUAAUAGAAUUUUAUAGCGAGUGAAAUCAAUAGUUGCAACUGUGCAUAAAAGCAUAUUUCGAAGAUGAAAUUAACAGUGGCUGAACGAAAAUGAAUUGUGGCUGCACACACACACAUAGAAACAUAUAAAUUUAAAUGCUGUUACUGGCAAAUUGGUGGGUAAUAUUUAAAAAAGGCAACAAAUUGAGCGCCAUAGGACUUGAUGAACUAAUCUAAUUAAAUGCACAAAUAUUUACUGAAAGUAUUUGAAAAAAUCUAAAAAAAAUAAAUGUUUAAUUAAGCAAAAGAGAGAGGCGUUAAAAUAAGAAAUCUCUAAGUUUAUAAAUCGUAAGUGUAUUUAAUAAUAAUAGAUAUAUAGCUGUAAAUGUAUAUGUAAGUAUGUCUUAAAUCUAAGCGAGCAUUAAUUUAGGUAUACAUAUAAGUAUAUAUGUACGAUAUAUACAUAUAUAUAAAUAUAUUGCAGCCAAAUUAGAGCAAAAGGCAAAAAUGAAUAUAAAAUAAAUAAUAAAAAUUAUUAAAAAAAUAAAAUUAAUAAAAAUUAAUUUAAGUAAAAAAAAAUCAAUUAACUUUAAAUUGAUUAAAAAUGAAGGAAAAUUAAUGUUAAAUAUAUAUAUAUAUAUAGAUAUAUAGAUUUAUAGAACACAUAGUGAGCUAACUUUAAGUGCGCAUACUAGAAAGCGUUUAAGUCUUUUGCCAUUAGGCGUUUCAAAAUAUUUUAAUUUUUUCAUUUUUAUUCAUAAUAUAUUUAAAUAGGUAAUGAGCAUUACAUUACUUACACAAGUCGACAUUCAAAUUAUUGUAGCUUUUUAUUUGUAUAAAAAAAAACAAGAAUAAUAUAGAAAAUGCUUUUACUAUAAUUUAAGUAAGACAAAAUGGCUUUGUAGCGGAAAUAAAAUAUUUAAAUAAGUCAAAAUAAAUGAUUAUUAGCUAUAAGCAAGAAGCAGUUUAUUUCAUUAUAUUUAAUGCUAAUGCAAGGCAGCAACAUUUUUCGCAUGCAGAAAAAUAAAAUAAAAAAAUAUGGAAAAAAAGAAUUUUGUUCAAAAUAAAUAUUUAUUAAAACCAAUAUAUUUUCAAUGCAAUUCUAGAAAAACAUUGCUCAUAUUUAUUUAACUUAAAAAGAAGCGCAUAAAUUUAUUUGUAUGCCUUAAAUAUACAAUAUUAAAAAUAAAAUUAAUUUUUAGUCGAGAGCUUGCAAUUUAAAAAAUAUAUUAAUUUUUAUUUGAGAAAAUAAACAUUCAUAAAAGCAAGAUGCUUUCAAACCAAACUU